AUGGCAGACAAUGAACAAAAAGCUAUGCAGUUAAUUGCAGAAGCGGAAAAGAAGCUGAGUUCAUCGAAAACAUUUUUUGGAUCACUUUUCGGUGGCUCAUCUAAAGUCGAGGAAGCAGUAGAUUGCUACCUCCGGGCGGCGAAUCUUUUCAAAAUGGUGAAGAAAUGGCCUCAGGCGGGCCAAGCCUUCUGUAGUGCUGCCCAGCUGCAUUUAAAGGCUGGAGUCCGCCAUGACGCUGCCACUAACUUCGUUGACGCUUCCAAUUGUUACAAGAAAUGUGAUCCUAACGAGGCUGUGUCGACUUUACUAAAGGCCAUCGAAAUUUACACAGACAUGGGCCGGUUCACUGUUGCCGCCAAACAACAUCAGAACAUAGCGGAGCUGUACGAGACAGAGUGCGUGGACUUGUCGCGAGCUAUGCAACACUACGAACAGGCAGCUGAUUACUUCCGCGGCGAGGAGUCCACCUCGUCGGCCAACAAGUGCAUGCUCAAGUUGGCGCAGUACGCGGCCCAACUCGAACAUUACGACAAGGCUAUACAAAUCUAUGAGCAGAUAGCCAAAUCAUCUUUAGACAACAGUCUGUUAAAGUACAGCGCCAAGGAAUACAUGUUCCGUGCGGCGCUGUGCCACUUGUGCGUAGAUAUACUGAACGCGCAACACGCGCUGGAGAAGUACUGCGCACUGUAUCCCGCCUUCACUGAUACACGGGAGUGUAAGCUGAUCAAGGAACUGAUCGAACACCUGGAGGAGCAGAAUGUGGAUGCGUUCACUGAAGCCGUUAAAACCUACGACAGCAUAUCUCGACUGGACCAGUGGUACACUACGAUGUUGGUCCGCAUCAAGAAACAAAUCAACGACAACCCCGACCUGCGUUGA